AUGGACCCAUUCCAUGUUCACGUGAUCACGGCACCCAUCCCCAUUUGGUUAACAUGCGUGCAUUUGGGCGACACCAGAGCAGACAGACGAGGUGGUGGUGGUGGUGGUGGUGGUGGUGGUGGUGGUGGUGGUGUGGGAGUUAUUGUACCUGGUCAGCAAAACAUUUGUCCCUCAACAUUUGUAUACGUUAUGCUUCUCAGCAUGUGGACUGGUAAAAUAAUCCAGUGUUCUAGAAACAAACGCGGAAAACCCUACAUGCAUAUAGUUGUGUUUUUGUAUGAUCGACACGUCGGACAAGGCCGAUGGCACGUUUUGGGAUACACGGCAUUAUGUGCCUAUCCGUCCGCACUACCCGAGCAAGCUAGAUUCAUGCCUGGAUUUAGCCAGCUCGAAUUGGAUCCAACCUAUUACGCAACUCAGAAGCGAGCGGAUCAAUUGAAUUUCAGCCCGUUCACUAGUCGUCGUGGUCGCCUGGGCCCAAGCAAUACGUCCGCAUUCACCCAAUCCCGGCCGGGGCUGGGUCGUGCCGCGGAUUCACAAGUUAUCUACAGUCCCCUAAGUGUGGCAACCACGUGUCAUCUGACUUAUCCCACAUUUCCAGCACUCAAUUACGGAUCCGGCACGGACAACCCGAAUCAGCGUUACGAGGCAUUCGAGUUGGCACCGGAUUUGAAGACUUCGCCCGACUCGAAUCCGUCACGCGUGGGCAGUGGUUGGAAAGCAAAAGUAUCGGAUGCGUAUGCGGAAAACACAUUUGUCUAA